AUGAUUCAAACAAUGGAGAAAUAUGACUCAAAUCAGAGUGAAGGCAAGAUAAGUUGGAUUUGGAGUAAAGCAGUAAGUGUUGGGAAGAAGGUUCUAACAGCUGGUGUUGUACUUUCUUCAGCUCCACUCCUUUUUCCUCCACUUGUUGUCGCCUCUAUCGCCUUUAUCUUCUCUGUUCCUUUUUGUCUCUUCUUGGUAAACUAUGCUUGUACUCAGAAGGUCAUGAGUAGCCUGCUUCCAGCUAAUGAAGAACCCGGUAGAAGUGAGAAGGAUGAAUUUACAUCUGAGGACAGCAAGCUUGGUCGUGGUGCAGGCACUGCUGAAGUUUAUGAGGCUGAACCAAUUCUGAUUCCAAUCGAGGAAGAUGAGGAGAUGUCAAAAGAGUCAACGAGCUUGUUAGAGAGAAUUAGGGAAGAGGGUAAAACUGAGAGAGGAACUUCUGAGAAAGAAUUACAAGAUGGCGAAAAUUCUGGAAAUGCCAGAUCAGUGAAUGUUCAAGAUCAGCCUGGAAAGCAGGAGGCGCCUGAGACUGGACGUGAAGGGGAACUUGGGGUAACUGAAGCAUUUAUGGGAAAGGAUGAAGAAACAUCUUCCAAUGAGCCAAUGAACCAAGAUGUUAGUGCGGCACGUGGAACCGGGGAAGAGAAACAAAAAAACACAACUAAGAAAAAGAAAAAAACCGGGCGUGCAGGUGUACAGUGAGGAAAUUUAUGGGAGAAGAUGGAGGCGUUAAGGAAGGUAGUAGGAUACAGUGUUGCAAGGAGUGCCACCUAUACAGAGGAGUUGUGAUAUGAUCAUGGAAAGGGCUAAAUGCUAAGAAGUUCAAAGAAGCACUUAAUGAGCAAAUUUAUGAAGAUUUUGACAAGAGAAGCAUGAAGAAAUCCAUUCAAGAUGUUACCUAUAGAGUCCAACCCAUUUUAAGAAUGAUAGAAGUCCAAGAAGAGCUCAAAAUAAGCACUUUAUUUUUCUGGUCAAAGGAGGUGACGAAAAUGAAGUGAAGAGUCAUGAAUAAAAAGUCAAGAAGGCCAAGAGUUUUUCAACUCUAUUUAUUUCCUUUGAUUUAGUUUUAGUCUUCUUAUAUUUUCGA